GCGACGUGAUCACAUGACAAGGGGUGUUGCCCGCUUGGGCGGGAGCAAAGUGAAGCCUAGAGUCGAGGUUGCUACGGCGGGACCUGCGGUGGCAACGGUAGUAUGGCCGCGCUUUACGGUGGCGUGGAAGGGGGAGGCACACGGUCCAAAGUCCUUUUACUUUCUGAGGAUGGGCAGAUCCUGGCAGAAGCAGAUGGACUAAGCACAAACCACUGGCUGAUCGGCACAGACCAGUGUGUGGAGAGGAUCAAUGAGAUGGUGGGCAGAGCCAAACGGAAGGCUGGAAUGGAUCCCCUCGUACCCCUUCGAAGCCUGGGCCUGUCCCUGAGUGGUGGGGAGCAGGAGGAUGCAGUGAGGCUCCUAAUUGAGGAGUUGAGGCACCGAUUUCCCUACCUGAGUGAAAGUUACCUAAUCACCACCGAUGCAGCAGGUUCCAUGGCCACAGCUACACCGGAUGGUGGGAUUGUGCUCAUCUCUGGAACAGGUUCCAACUGUAGGCUUAUCAACCCUGAUGGCUCCGAGAGUGGCUGUGGUGGCUGGGGCCACAUGAUGGGAGACGAGGGCUCAGCCUACUGGAUUGCACAUCAAGCUGUGAAAAUUGUGUUUGACUCCAUCGACAACCUGGAGGCAGCUCCUCAUGAUAUUGGCCAUGUCAAGCAGGCCAUGUUCAACUAUUUCCAGGUGCCAGAUCGGCUAGGAAUCCUCACCCACUUGUAUAGGGACUUUGAUAAAUCCAAGUUUGCUGGAUUUUGCCAGAAAAUUGCAGAAGGUGCACAGCAGGGAGACCCUCUUUCCAAGUAUAUCUUCAGAAAGGCUGGGGAAAUGCUGGGCCGACACGUUGUGGCAGUAUUGCCAGAGAUUGACCCGGUUUUGUUCCAAGGGGAGCUUGGCCUCCCAAUUCUGUGUGUGGGGUCAGUGUGGAAGAGCUGGGAGCUACUGAAGGAAGGAUGUUACAUGUGGAACUACUGAAGGCUCUUACCAAAAUGUCUUCAGAUUCAUGACUGUCACCAACUGAUAGUCCAUUUAACUGCUGCUGUAAGUGUCCCACAGCCUGAGGCAGGUCUCGUGCUGGGAUGAACCAGUCCUGGUCCUCUUCAUCCAGCAUCUCCUGGAAGCAGCGGUCCAAGAAGUCUUGCUCCUGCAGCUCUUCCUCCACCUGCCAAUAAAGGGGAAAGCUCAGAGAUACUAUCCCAGAGGAUGAUUCCUCCAGAGUCCUCAGCCCUUCCCUCCAGAUGGGCAGGAGAGCUAAUGAUGCUUCUAAUGAAUAUUGUGGUUUAAAUGAGAAAUAUUCCCAGCUAGCUCAUGUUUCUGAAUACUUGGUCCCUAGUUGGUGAUACUGUUUAGAGACAUAACAGAACCUUUAUGAGGUGAACCCUUGAUGGGGAAAAUAUGUCACUGGAGGCAGGCUUUGAGAUUUAUAGUCCUACCCAAUUUCUUGUUCUCUCUGCUUCCAAUUUGUAGAUAAUGUGUGAUCAGCCAGCUUCUUGCUCCUGUUGUUAACGCUUGUUUGUUGCCAUGCCUUCCAAGACAUGAUGGACUGACUGUAUCUCCCUAGAACUGUAAGCUAAAAUAAACCUUUUUCUCACCCAAGUUGCUUUUAGUCAUGGAAUCACAGAUCCAUAAAGAAAGCAUAAUCUUAGUCAUUCAAAAAGGCUUAAACUUCAGGUCUUCACAGAUCUUUAUGGGAAACUUUUUAUUAUUACAUUUGAUUUUGAUUCUUGCUUUUAUUCUCCAUUUUUAUGGUGGUAUGAAAGAAUCUUCUUAUAGCUUGCAUUCUUUCCUUGUCCUUGCUAAAAGCAUUCUUUCUAGCUAGAUGUUGUGGCACCUGUUAUUCCAGCACUCAGGAAGCAGAGACAGGUGGGUCUCUGUAAGUUUAAGGCCAGCCUAGUCUAUGUUCUUCUAGACCAGCCAGGGCCACAUAGUAAGACCCUGAUUCAAAAACCAAAACAAAAUUCUUAAAUUCUCCACUUUACAGGGAACAUGCAAAAGACAAAGUAUGUAAUUGGCCUGCAACUAGUAUUCUGAAAACUUAAUAAAAACAUUAGCUCCUGAUUCACUUUUCUAAUAAUAAGAACCCCAAGGCAGAAAAAUACUUUCAGAAUCUUAGAUACAAAGGACACUUUCUGGUGCACCACCAGAAAUGUAUGUCACAAUAUAGUAGUCUCUCAAAACAAUAACACUGAAUAUUUAACUACUCUGAACUUCUUAAACAUUGUCAUAAAAUGAAGCAAAGAGAUCUAGGAUUUUCCAGUCCUUUGCUGACAGUGUUUACUCAGUAGAUUUCGGUGGCUUCAUGGGCCACUCCACACUUGCCAAAUCUCUUUUAUACUUCCUGCUGGAUAACAGGUCCACAACUCAUUGCCACCACAAGAUAGAUCAAAGAACAAUAAUAAUCACUCAAUUGUAAGUCAUAGGUUCAGAAAAACUAAUAGGAAGUUUUUAAUUCUUUCCAUUGUUUUGUAUUUAGACAAUUUUAUGUAUCACAGGCUAGCCUUGAACUCUCCUGUAGCUAAGGCUGGCCUUAAACUUCUGACCCUCAAAAGUGCUGGGAUCACAGGCAUGUUCUAUUACCCAGCUUAAGAAGAGUAAAUUAAAUUAAUAACUGCCAAAAUAUUUUUAAAUCUCAUAAAUUCUAGUUAUGAAGCUCUUAAAUAAUUACAAUAAAGUAUUUCUAAGUCAUA